AUGCAGCCGCUGGCUAAUGGCGGAGGCGAGAAGUUACUCGAUCUGCGAGUCCUGAAUGGAGGACAGCAUGAUAAUCCUCCGCAGGUGCUCAAUCAACGCUCCGCACUGCUUUCCAAUUAUGAGGUCUUAAGUCUCUUGCGGGAGCUUGAAAGCGACUAUUUGGCCCGUACCAAAAACGCCUUGCGAGUGAAGAAAGAGGAAGAGCUCGCAGGUAAUCAUACUUCCAAAAUACAGGCCCCAACGGAGGAUGUCUGUGAGAAUCUGAGGACGAUUGAGGUCGAGGCAAUCCAGUAUCUUUCGGCUGACUAUCAGCCAGCUGUAUCGCAAACAGAAGCUGGCAUUGCACAGCUAACGAAGAGCCUCGCUGCAUUCAACCUUACGAAAGCAGAGAAGUUGCAAAUCGUGAACCUAGCACCGACGGAACCAGUCGAGUUGUAUGUGAUCGUAGAAGAGCUGGAAGAUCGGUUCGGGGAGCAAAUGAGCGGCAUGCUCAACGUUGUGCGAUCAUCGUUGACCAAUCUACCUUCGGCAGUACCUCAAGCGAAUGUUCAAACCGGUGGCAUCGCAGACCAAGAUGUACAGAUGGUGUAUACUGAGGACAACACACAAGACUAUCUUGAUGAGGAUGGUACCUGGGAGUAUGACGCGAACGAGAUUGUAUUUGAUGACACUGGGGAUGGUGCCGGUGUCGAGGGUGAUCUAGAUGUCGAAGAUGACUGA